UGAAGCUCAGUGUUGAUCGUAGCCAAUUGAUCGUCUCGCCACUGGAUUAGUGUUGCUCGACUCAAAUGUGAAUCCGAUUCAAGAAAUUAUGACAGAUGUGUCAAAAUGGGCUUUGCAGCUGUCUCGGUGAUUGAAAAAACAUUGGCAAUGAAACCUGGAGUUUGCGAUGCUUUCGGUGCACUAAGAUUAGCAAACGGGAUUAUAACUGGGACUAUUGGGACUCUUGCUUGCACGUUUCAGGGAAAAUUUGCAACCAGGAGGUAAGCCGAAAGAGUAAGGCUAUUGAUAUGUUUUGCAGUAGCAGAUCGAGUAGCUGGCUAUCUCCCGAGGAUCCCCAACUGAAAGAUUUAAAAUGGGAUUACCAAAUUUUCCUAAUGGCAACAUGUAGUGGACUUUUCGAUAUAUGCUCUUUGAGCUUCAUAGUUACGAAGGUAUCACCCAGGUGUAUGUGAAAUUAUUUCGUCCUAUAAGUUCAGUCUUAGUAUGUGGUUUUGUCUCAACAUCUGUAGAUGAAGCAAGCAAC